AUAAAAGAUUUGAUUAUUUGGAUGAGAUUUUCGUUGAGAUUAAAGAAGAUUUUUUUUUUAAAGAAUUUAUUAGACUUAUGUGUUUUGGUUUUAUUGUAAAAGAUGUCUGAAAAAAUUCAAAACACUAAAAAAUAUGAUAGUAUAAGUGUCCAACCAUGGGUUUAUGCUAAUUGCCACUCUGGUGAACAGUUACUUUUAAAAACAUGCUUUAAAAAAGAAACAUUAAGUUACUGUGUGAUGUGCUACUUCAACAGUGUGAUAUGGGAGGAGGAAAUAAUAGGAAAUGAUUUUCUCAAAAAAUGUAAGAUUUUCAAUCCAAACAUUGAAACAUCACCAGCAAAACUGUUUACUUACUUAGAAAGCUGUUAUAAUAGUUGCGUUUUUUCUUUGGAGUUGAAGGUUUCACAGCAAAAUGAUAUGUUAGAAAUAUCAUUUAAGUGUAAACUUCAAGCUGGAAUACCAUAUUAUUGGACUUUUAUGAUGGAAAGAUCAAGUCCUGAAAAAAUUAGUAAUCAAUUAGUCACUCCACUUCUUUUGAUGGUAUCAGAACUUUCCAGAAAGCAAGGAGAACUUUCAGAACUUUUAAAAAGGAAAGACAAAGAAAUUCAAGAUUAUAAACUGCAAGGUUCUCAAGUGUCUAAACAACAUCUAGAAACAACUCCAUUUGAUGAAGCAUCUUUUAAUAAUGCUUGGAGUUGUGAUAUUUUGAGUCAACGCAAGCAUCUUUCAAUUAUUGAUACACCUAAUCUUAAAGAACUCUACAAAAGUGUUAUGAUUAAUUCACAUAUGGAAUCAGAAUCAGAUUGCAAAGUAAUUACUUCCAAUGAUGUUCAGUUAUUUGAAUACCAUGAUUCAUUAUCAUCAACUUCGUCAGUGAUAAAAGAGCAAGGACUUGAGGAAGUUGAAAAAGUGCGAAGGGAGGCGCGAGAGAAGCGGCUGCAAGAUGAAGUGGAUCGAAAAAGCAAAAAGAAAAAACGAAAGAUAAAAAUCUAAAAAAAAUUUUGCAAAUAAAAUACAUUGAAUUA